CGCGCCCUGUCUGCCCUCACCUUCCAGCAGUCAGUGCCAUCGCUGCAGCGGAGCUAGUGGUUGUUCGUAAGGAUAUGGUCCAGGAGCUUGCAGCUAGGACCGCCGAGUGGUGAUCGUUAGCUCUCUCGCAAAACGAAAUAGUGGUGACGGUGUUUAACGUGGUGGCGUGUACGAUGUGCCGCAGAGUGUGAAAAGAUUACGUUGCGUCACGUCCAGGAACAUCUAUAUGAGCCGUAAACGGUGGUGGCGAGGAGGCUUGGUGGAGCUGUUGGUGCUCUGUAUCCUCCAUCACGCCGUCAUUUUAGCUGACGGCGAUGUCGGAUGUCUAUUCAGCGAAGAAAUAUGCGAUCCUCAGACGGAAAAAUGCUUCGAUGAUCUGGCAUUUGGAAAAUGUAUUUCACGGUAUACGAAUUUAGAGAAUGACGAUUUAUAUCAGUAUAAUCUUGAUAUCGGCGACUUGGAACUACUACAAUCAGUGAGACUGCAAUUGAUGAGACUGGAAUCCGACGGAUACAAAUGGAAGCAUCCCUUUACACAAUGUAUCAUGCAAACCUUGUUGCAUAAUCUUCGAUAUGUUGGACAAAACAAUCAGCGCGAUUUUCAUCUCUGCGAAUAUUUAAAGAAACCACAAUUCGAACAAAGUGGACUCAUUGACGAGGUAAUUCCAGCAGUCGCCAUAUUAAGAAUGUCUACGGAUAACGAAAAUCCUGAGAGCAAUUUAGUCGAUGAUUAUCAUUCUAGGGACAUUGAAGACAAAUUUGGAUAUACGAAUUGGCGUAAUGAUGAGAGCAAUCGGGCCAACGAUGAGAAGUACGAUGACACGUACGGAAAAUCACUAAACGAUAUACGUGAGCAAUUUUAUCCGCCCAGAAUACGUCGGUUCAGCUUUAUUGAUUACAAAAAUGAUGUUACCGAGUCGCUCGAAGACACUUUGAGAAAUGAGAGAUUGCCUGAGAAUGACGAAAAUAUUUAUGACGAGCAAUCUUUGUCCGCCGACGAGCUUGAAUUUUUGGAGAACGAAAAAUUGCCGGAUUACACGUUGCUGAAGCCUUCCUCCAAUGAUGAGACAAAUGAGAGGAAAUAUGAAAGGGCAUUCUCCAGGAAGUAUAAACACAAAAAGGAACCAUCGCGUCUCGAAUAUUUCGAUGCUGAAGCGAAAAGGACGAUCAAGCGCGACGAGGAUCUAGAUUAUGAGAAUAGCGAAAUUCAUGAAGAGAAUUCAGAAAGCAAAAAACCUGACGAGGAUACUUGGAAGCUACGCGGAACAAAGUAUGGGAUGUAUACUGAAGGAGGAGUCAUACAACCUACGAAACACAAAAUUACAUCUGAUACAAGUGGAAUUGCGUAUGACGAGAUGUAUGACGACGAUUUCGAUGCGCUUUUAUGGAGACGAGAAUUGGCUGGUUUUAAGCGCAGGGAACGCCUAGAUGUUAAAAAACCAGGACCGCCGUUUUCAACGAAUAAUUAUGCAUUUAAAACUCAAUCUCCAGCCAGCCCCAAUGACAAAGAUUAUCUCGAGAUGGACAAUCAGGACAAUAAUGAAAUAUACGUACCACUGACUAAGAAGGAAUUACGCGGUAAUAUGUACAAAACGGACGAUAGCCGACCAGAAAGUUACAACAACGUCAACUUAGAUUACGUCUACAUUGAGUUUGAGCAAGAGUUUCAUACGUGGCUUGAAGGAGUACAUGUAGUUAAUAAGGUUGAGGAACUUUUAGGAUUGCCUCUCGGGACCUUGAAAAAUCCACGAGUAGGCCGCGCGGAAGUAACGUUCGAAGUUGGAGACAAAAAUUACAAUGCAACAGAUGUGGUUAAUAACAUCGAUAAUAUACGUGGUAAUUUACAAAACGCGCUAGGAGUCAAGGUUAUUCGAGCCGGUAUAGGCGAUAAGGUUAAAUUACCGGCUACUCUGGAAGUAGCUAGAGAGAGCGAAAUAAAUUCCAACUUUUUCGGUGCAUUAGUGGCCGCUGGAGUUGCGGCUGCGAUCGCAGCUGCAGUAGUCACGUUAAUAAUCGCACGUCGUCAUGCCAAAUGUCGAGCGAAGCUUGCCGGAUUAGCUACUCCAGAUCCAGAAGCAUCCAAAGAUUAUCAAGACCUAUGCAGAGCAAGAAUGCAAGCGAAACAACCGAGUGAGAAGUUGGAAUCGCCGCGCAUCACCAGCUUGUCGCGCGAAAAUGAAUCCAAUAAUUUGCCCUCUAAUCGCUCCAGCACAUCUUCUUGGAGCGAGGAACCUACUCUCUCCAACAUGGACAUAUCGACUGGUCACAUGGUUCUUAGUUACAUGGAGGAUCAUUUGAAAAACAAGGAUCGUCUAGAUCAAGAAUGGGCAGCAUUAUGCGCUUACGAAGCCGAACCAUCGUCUACGGAGAUAGCGGAGAGCGAGGCAAACAUCAAACAAAAUCGUCCUGGCGCGGCAUUUCCUUACGAUCACUCUCGAGUAGUCCUGAAUGAUCUUGCAAACGCUAAUAAUUCCGAUUACAUAAAUGCUUCCACGAUCAAAUCGACGGAUCACGAUCCUCGAAAUCCGGCUUACAUAGCCACGCAAGGACCGUUACCGCAGACCACGGCUGACUUUUGGCAACUGGUUUGGGAACAAGGUAGCGUGGUGAUCGUAAUGUUGACACGACUUACAGAGGAAGGUCAUGCUAUGUGCCAUCGUUACUGGCCCGAAGAGGGAUCGGAGCUCUAUCACAUUUACGAGGUGCAUCUAGUGUCGGAACACUUUUGGUGUGACGAUUAUCUAGUGCGCUCCUUCUAUUUGAAAAAUUUGCGAACUUGUGAGACCCGUACCGUAACGCAAUUCCAUUUUCUUUCUUGGCCGGAAAAUAGCGUUCCAUAUUCCACAAAGGCUCUGCUUGAAUUCCGUAGGAAAGUUAAUAAAUCAUAUCGUGGAAGAUCAUGUCCGAUAGUCGUACAUUGCAGCGAUGGAGCUGGACGAACUGGUACUUACUGUUUGAUCGACAUGGUCCUAAACCGUAUGACAAAAGGUGCGAAGGAAAUCGAUAUAGCUGCUACUCUUGAGCAUAUUAGAGAUCAAAGACCCAAUAUGGUUGCUACAAAACAACAAUUUGAGUUCGUCUUGAUGGCAGUAGCAGAAGAGGUACAUGCGAUUCUUAAAGCUUUACCCGUGUCGGGUGAGAAAUCUAUUACAGCUACCGGUUCUUCGCCACCCACAAAAUCGGAACAAUGAAGCUAAAGUUGCGGCGCGCGAAUUUAAUCCUAAACGAUAUAAAAAAGG